GAUUAUAAGAAGUCUGUGGACACCAAGGGAGUACACUGCACUGUACAGUUGAUGGAUUGAGUGUGUACAGUUUAUUUUAUUGAGUGGACAAAGAUUGCCCAGAAGAGAAGUGUUUUGGUAUUCUCUUCUGAAGAUAUUUAAUGAAGCUACACUGAAGAAUCCUGAAAUGCGCAACCAAGGGACAAUACUGACAUUAGCAUAUAGUGAUCAGUCAAAAUGGGGCAGUUUUUACGACUUGUGCUCCAGUUCCUAAGAUGUCGAAUGAGCCAUCGCAAGAUAUGUAUUUUUUUACUGCUAAUAUCAUUAUUAUUUAUUUUUGUGCUCAUCAACAAGAAUCAUUAUCACAGCAGUGACCUAGUACCGUUUGAAUAUUCAGAGAAAACUACUAAAUUGCGUACCCUCAAGGAAUCAGUUGUUCAAUCAAAUGCCACCAUUCGUAACAUCAUUGAGACGCCCUUUUCGUUACAGCCAACAACCACACUACCCAAGGCAUUUGCUUCAACUAAAGCUCCCCGACAAACCAAUCAGGUUCAAGGACGAGUAUUACUGAUGUAUGACUUCAUCUCUACCCACACUGCCAAAGGGUUAAAGGUCAUUCUGGACUCUCUCCGUGUGCCUGUGGACACGUACAAGUAUCGCCUGGAACAAACCAUCAGCUUGACUGAAGAAAAGGAUACUGCUUCUCGACCUAUAGGGAAAUAUUCUCUUCUGAUAUUCGCUGACCACAUCAGUUUCUUUCACAAAUGGACUCCGAAAGUACGUGACCGUUUUACUAACUAUUCCCGACAAUUCAACGUGACAACCAUUUUUAUACCUCAAGAUGGACGAGACUUGAAAGACCGCCACUAUCAUCACCUAUUCAGUUACAAGGGCCACUCCUCCCUGCCUCUAACACCGACUACAGUUGACCAGGUACACAUCUCCACCAAACUCAAUCUCCACUACUCCAAGAACAACUUGCUGCUUCCUAAAUCGCUUAUUGCCAAAAGUGGCGUCUGGCAUACCUUCCCAACAUUGGCAUCUGCAGAGAUUCAAAACCACAUAUUUAAGCUUGUCAAUCGCACAAACUGCACGGGGCCACACCCAAGAAACCACCGCUGCAAUCUGCCGUCACAACUCGAUCACCUUAUUAACAGGACACAAUUUUCUGCCUCGAAUUUUGAAGAAAUGUGUACUUGGAUUUACACCGAUUCUCAAGGGUCAAUAAAUAAGUCACCUUGCAUUUUGAAUGAACAGGUUACGGAGGGUGGGCCUCAGAUUUUUUUUAUUGGAACACCAAUAAAUUUUUGGCUGACAAAAAUUUUAUUGAUGGAUUUAUUGAGGUUGUUUUCUCGAACGAGAGUUUUGAGGUUUGAUAGGAAACGAUCGAUUUUAAUCGACAUUGAUGAUAUCUUUGUGGCUCCAGAGGGAUUGAAAAUGAACAAAAAUGAUGUACAGGCACUCGUUCAGACUCAGGAGAAACUGCGUAGUUUUGUUCCUGGACUAACGUUUAAUCUUGGUUUCUGUGGGGCAUAUUACAAGAGAGGCACCCCAGCGGAGGUAGAGGGGAGUCAUGAGCUUGUCCGCCGGUCCAACAACUUUCAGUGGUUUGGUCACAUCUUUAACCACCUUCAACCCCACCUACUGCCAUUGGCUAAUCUCACUACGCUCAUGACCCAAAGCAAACAGUUCGCUCAAAAUACCUCCAUUGCUGUGGGGCAUGGUUACUCAGUGUCUCCCCACCACUCGGGCGUGUACCCGGUCUACCCACCUCUGUACGAGACCUGGGGGCGGAUAUGGAAUAUUACUAUGACAACCACGGAGGAAUACCCGAAUAUCUAUCCUGAGCAUUUGAGGAGAGGUUUCAUACAUCGUGGAAUCAUGGUGCUCCCCAGACAGACAUGCAGGUUGUUCACUCACACAAUAUCCUACGAAACGUUCCCCGGAGGUAAAGAAGCGUUUCAUGAAGCUGGCAAUGGUGGGACCGUCUUCAACACCCUCCUCUUUAAUCCAAUCUCCAUUUUUAUGACGCACGUCACCAAUUAUGCCACAGACCGACUCGCUUUGCAACUGUUCUCGGAUCUUUUCCAAUUUACUCGCACCUGGACCAAUCUGGAGCUAACAACUGAUCGACCUUUGAACCUCGGGAAACGCUACUUUGAUAUCUUUCCAGAAGAUAAAACACCAAUUUGGGGGUCUCCGUGUGGUGACAAGAGACACAUUGACAUUUAUCCCCCUUCAAAAAACUGUUCUCGGCUACCUUCACUGCUAAUUCUUGGACCACAGAAAACAGGUACUACGGCUCUGUACACAUUCCUGAAGGAGCACCCCCUGAUAUCAGCUAACAAGAACAACAAAGAUCACUACGAGGAAGUCCAGUUCUUCAGCAAUGAGACACUCUACAACUAUGGAGUCGAGUGGUACAUGGAACAGUUUCCUGUCCCCCACAACAACCAGGUCAUAUUCGAGAAGAGUGCUACAUACUUCACCCACCCUCUGGCUCCCAAAAGAGUGAAAGCCCUCCUCCCUAACAUCAAACUGGUGGUGAUUCUGCUGGACCCGGUCAAUAGAGCUUACUCCUGGUAUCAGCACAUGCAGGCACACAACAGCCCUGUUGCUCUUAAGUACACAUUCUCUGAAGUAAUAGGAAGCAACAGUGCUUCUAAUAUCACUGAUCGAGGAUUGCUGUCACUACGGCAACAUUGUUUGUCGCCGGGCCAGUACCAGAGGCACUUGAACUUGUGGUUGGAUCACUUUCUACCUGAGCAAUUAUUGCUGAUUGACGGGGAAACACUUGCGAUCAAACCAUCCAUUGUCAUGGAAACAGUUCAGGAGUUCCUAAACCUAGAAAUGCUUGACUACAAUGAGAUAUUAAAGUGGAACUCCGGUAAAGGUUUCUACUGCGUCAACAAUCACUGUCUUGGUCCAAGUAAAGGCAGAAAGUAUCCAGAUAUCGCCGUCGGUGACUUGAAGUUUUUGGAACAGUACUAUAGAGUUGAUAAUGUAAAACUUGCACAGUUGCUACGUAGACAUGUAAAAACCCCUAUACCUGACUGGCUAACCACUCAAUUGAGUGCCAUUAGGUCUUAGCUCAAAGAGUAUUAUAACUUUUGUAAAACGACCAACCACCCUCUCAAAAUUUUAAUCAUUUCCGGUAAUCUAUCAUUAUGAUAGACCUUUGUACGUUUUUACUUUUUCUAAAUUCUAAUGUACACGUAGCUAUGGGAUCAGUAAUAAUUAUUUUAUUGAUACAUGUAUUUCGAUUGAAUGUACAGCCUAUUAUGUAAUAAUAAUUAUUAUGAUCUGAAUCAUGCAUGCAUGACAUUAUAAUACAACUUAUGUUUAUAUAAUGUCUUCUGUCGUAACAACGUAAUAAUGGUAUAAUUUCAUUUUUUUAUAAGGCACUUAGUGUACUGUAGGUGGACUGUCUCUGAGCUUUUACUAGUAUAUUCUAUAAACUUCUUGUGUUACUUCCUGAGAGAAGAUAUGUGCAUGCAUACAAAGUUCAUAGGUGUUGCAGUAACUGUUGCUCUAUCUUGUGUUGUGUGCCAUGGUUCAAACGGAUUUCCAGAACCGUGCAACAUUGCAUGUAAUAGCUAUAUACAACUCAGGAAGUUAGAACUUCCUUAUAGGAAGUAUAUGUAUAGGAUUCUUAAACUUCCUUUUAGAAAAAAACCCAUUCUACCUAUAUAUCCUGUAUUUCAGUCUAUAAAAGAGGUGUCUGGGCUUAGUACAUCAUACAAACCAAGACAGCAAUUCAAUAAUUAAUCUACUCAAAACUUCAAGCAAGACAACUCCAAGCUCAUUAAAAUGGCCACCACUGUAAAUCUCAUCAGAAAUGUACUGACCAGUCAGUACCUUACCCAUAACGGAAGCUCUGUGGCAGUUCAUUAUUUGAAGAAUCAUUCAAACAACUUCCACCUCUAUGACGAUGGACCUCUUCGCAGACUGCAAGUGUUCAGUGACAGCAACAAGAAGAUAUCUCACGUUCCAGCUGGAGGCUGUUCCCAAGGCCUGACCACGAACCCCAGUGGAUCCAUGGUUAUGUAACCCCUAAUUCUAGUGUGGGUGUGAAACUGUUUGUGAAGGACGGCAGUGGAAACAGAUACUACCUGAGGGUCAACAUAGCUCAGAGCAGCAAUGUUGAGCUCGUCUGUCAGAGCCACGUCGAUAAUGCACAGUACAAUCCCUUUCUGAGGCAAGAAUUGGAGUUUGAUCUGGUUACAGUUGACAUCAAUGACUUGUAAACUCUGAACACAUUAUACAUAGAAGUGGCGACAAUCAUGCAGUCUAUCACUUAUUACAACAAUAAUUUUAUUUAUUACAACUUUCCUAUGCUUCACCAUCAUGUAUAGAUCAUAAUUAAUUUCUUUUUGGCUAUAAUUAUUAUACUGAGAAA